AAUAAAAUAACCACGAUCAUUUCCUCUGACAACGGGGAUUUUUCAUUGGCUUAGUCGCGAAGGUCAAAGCUACUACUCGAGUCUGGGAUUCCUCUUGCCCGCUUUUCAUUGAAUCGUUGCCAACUGAUGUUAUAUAUAGUCACAACACAUAGUUUGCUGCAGGCAAACAGACCGUUUAGCGCUGCAGCAGUUCACCGUAAUUUAUAACAGUGCGAAAAUUGUGAUCGCGUGAUGUGUUUGAAACAUGUUUAACAACAAAAGUUUGCGGUGUUGAGGAUCUUUGUUUUACGACAAAAUAAACAAAAAUGGAAAUUGUUACGCUACUUCUAGUCAUUUUGUCUUUGAAAAGUACCGACGGUGCGAAAAUUUUGGGGAUUUUCCCGGUACCGGCCCCUAGUCACUAUAUUUUAGGCAGUUCUUUAAUGCGGGGUUUGGCCGAAAAAGGGCACGACGUCACUUUCAUCAGUCCUUUCCCCGAAAAAAACCCACCCAAAAAUGGAACUUAUACAGACGUUCUUCUAACCGGUUUUUGGGAAAUGGCUGAAAAAAGAAGACAAGAAAUGAGUUUAUUCGAGCAAGAAAACGCCAACAGUUUCCUAGUGAUGGCCUUCAUGAACCGAAUGUUGUUGAACUUGACGGAACAAACCCUCAACCACACCAACGUCCAAAAACUUAUACAUUCCAAAGCAAAGUUCGACGUUGUUAUAGUCGAACAGUUUAUGAAUGACGCACUUAAAGCAUUCGCGUCUCAUUUUAAAGCACCUUUGGUUCUUGUUAGUACCAUCGGGGCCAACGCUUGGGUUAAUUUAAUAGUGGGAAACCCGGCUCCGCCUUCCUACGUGCCGGCGCUCUUCUUCACGGUGUCAAACCCGAUGACUUUCUACGAGAGAGUAAUUAACAGCCUCAUGUACGUUUUCACCGAGAUUCUAAACCGUGUUUACGUGUACCCGCAACACGCUAAACUCGUCGAAAAGUACUUCCCGGAAGGUACUAACCUCAGCUACGCAGCGUCUAUAGUUUUGCUAAAUUCACACCCGAGUACCAAUCAACCAGUGCCCUACGUACCCAAUAUGAUUGACAUCGGCGGGUACCACGUUUCGCCCCCCAAGAAACUCCCUCAAGACUUGCAGAAGUUCCUCGAUAGCGCCAAAGACGGAGUGAUUUAUUUUAGUAUGGGUUCAAACCUAAGAAGCUCCCACUUACCGCCUGACAAGCGUGCCGCUUUAUUGAAAACUUUUGCCAAAUUGAAACAAAAAGUACUGUGGAAGUGGGAAGAGGAAGUACUGCCGGGGCAACCCGCUAACGUUAAAUUGUCCAAGUGGUUUCCACAACAAGACAUUUUGGCGCACCCUAAUUUGAAGCUUUUUAUUACACACGGCGGGCUUUUGAGUACUACCGAAACUAUUUAUCACGGAGUACCGGUUUUGGCGAUUCCGGUGUUCGGGGACCAGAAGUUGAACGCCCAGAAUAUUAUUAAUAAUGGGUAUGGUUUAUCACUAAGUUACCGAGAGCUUACGGAGGAAAGGUUAACCGAAAAACUGAACAAACUUUUGACUGAUCCAACAUAUGGCAACAAUGCCAAAAACAGGUCUAAAUUGUUUCAUGAUCGUCUCAAUAGUCCGAUGGACACAGCCGCCUACUGGGUUGACUACGUGGUACGACAUAAAGGAGCCCCCCAUUUGAAAGUAGCGGCUGUUGAUUUACCGCUCUAUCAGUAUUUUCUAGUAGAUGUGGUCGUCUUUCUAAUAUUGGCUAGCGCAAUUCUGUGUUAUUUAUUUGUCAAGGUUGUGAAAAUGACAUGUCGUAAAAGUGUAAAUCAAGAAAAAUUGAAAAAAAAUUAGUUGAUUAUAUUUUGUGUAUAUUUUUAAAUAAAUUGUAGUGUAUACGAA